AUGCAGAUACAAAUAGUGCACCAGGAGCCUGAGCUCGCAGUGGACCGUUGCUUGGGGGUUCAGCGUUGGGACUUCGAUCCCAUGCUGGUUGAGGUGGAGGCAGGUCUCAUGAGCCAGGCCAUGUCAGAGGUGGCCCUGGCGGUGGACCUGUGCCUUUCAGGCUCAGACGAGUGCGGCUUGGGCCAAACCUCACCAAGUCCAUCACUCCUGGAGUCGGAGCAGGCUGGGGGAUCCCUACCCCCGGUCCAGGUCGACUUCCCCAGCAGCCGGGAAGAUGCAGACGAAGGCGGUUCAGCCAUGCCGGCUGUUGAUGGCGGAGUGCCUCACGCAACGGCCACGAUGUCGAUUCAGGAGAGUUUGGAGGAGCGGCUCUACCUUCCUUUGCAUACGCCCCUCAUCCACGGGCCGCCAAGGUUGCGCAAGCCUCGAACGUCGGCCCCCAUUACGUCGCUGCGGCGCAGUGACCGCAUUGCUACUAAGCCGCGCGAGGCAGACUCCACCAAGCAGGCUCAGUGUGUUCUCAUGCAGAAACUGGGAAUAGUGGCACCAUCGUCCAAUGUCGACUCUGAGACGGUGCGCAAGUAA